UUGCUGCUGCCCCCGAUAACGCUGCCCCUGGCCGAGCGGGGGGCUGGGUGCUGCCAGUCUGAGCCUGACGCCCUGUGGAGCAGACACAGACAGCGCCAGUGUCGCGAUGAGCCGCUCCCCGCUGACGCUCCUCAUCCUCCUUGGCCUCCUCGGGGGCUGUGCCGGCAAGCUGGCAGUGGAGACGGACGCCUCCCCGGUGCGAGCCAAGGUGGGGGACGACGUGGUGCUGAAGUGCCAGUUCUCCGUGCCGCAGCCCCCUGUGGACCUGAGCCAGCUGGUGGUGCAGUGGUUCCACCGGGGCGGGCAGCUGGUGGAGUUCGACAACGUGGUGAGCGGGAGCCGGCCGGGCGCCAACCUGAACGUGGAGGGGCUGCGGAGCGGCAACGCUGCGCUCUACCUCAGCAAGGUGACCCCGGAGAGUGCCGGCAACUACCGCUGCUACGUCACCUACGCGCCCGACGUGCGCAUCAAACAGGUCGUCCUCCAAGUCGAGGGUAAGGUGGCCGGCCCGCCAGGGAGCCUGCUAUGGGUCCUGCUAUGGGUCGAGCCAUAGGGCCUGCCAUGGGGC